CGAAACUGCAAGCACAUCCACCUUAUUGCCGCAGUCGUUUCCUGCAUUAUCAUUUGAACAGUCACAUCAUCCUGCUAGUGGGAAUAACAGAGAAACAUAGAAGGAAUGGCCAGACGUGUGAGACACAAACCGCCACUACUAUUCAGAUAGGAAGUUUGAGCAUUUCGAGUUUUGGCUUCGCACAUUCGAAACGGAACGUGUGCGGCUUUGCGAUAUUCUUGUACAUUUGAGCAGACUCCAGAAUGAAGGUGUAUCAGGCGGAAUCGGGGAUUCUACUCCCCACAAGAACGUUUUCCGUAACCGAAAGGUUGGUAUAAUUGUUCUUUGUGCAAUGCGCAUCAUGGGGAAUGUCGAGCACGUAAAGGUCGGAGGAACCAUGUUCAUGGGCGUGGAUGGAAGUAGUUAUACGAUCUUCUGCAGUGACCGAUACUAGCAGCAUAGGAUGAGUGGAUUGGUAGGGGCAUACCAUAGCAAAUAUAAAAGGGCUUGCCAGGAGGGUGUCGCGAUUCUGUGAUAGUCAUAUUCAUGCUGACAGGUUUGGCUCGGCAUGCCUUUAUUUAUCUAGCAUCGAUGAUCUCCGACAAGAAAUCUUUUCCUUGACAUCUACCCCACCCCAUGCGCAGAUUUUGUUGACUCCAGCUGGAGUUCAGCUAAAGCCUGAGAUGGUCUCUGAGAUUUUCGCAAAUGCCACGAAUAAGGAUGAAAGUGUGGUUUAUGUUUUCAACCGUCAACUACUUGACCGAAAGACGGUGAUGGCGUCGCUGAUGCCUGUAUCCCCAGAUCUCGAGCCACCUGUUCCGCUGAACGUUCUAAUAGAUAUCAAUCUCUCCGAUACGACCACGCUCCUUGAUCGCUGCAACACAUACAGCCAGGCAUUCCGGUCCCACGUAACAUAUGGCCAGGCAACAUUGGCUACACUUGUCUACCACGUAUCUGUAUGCGAACGGUCACUAAAUGAGCAAAAGGCGCAGGUUGAAGCAUUGAACAUCGUCCUCACUAACCUAAAGGGCCAUAGCCGCUCCCUUUGUGAAGCAUUUGAUGCGUUUUAUCUACACGCACAAAGAGAGUUGGCCAAACAUACAAAUCGCCUUCAAAGUUUUCCCACAGAUAUGCAAGCGUUGCAUCGAUUGCCGAUCCAUCCGUCUAUCGCAGAUGGAAAUAAGUAUCUAUCAGAUUACGUGCCGGAAGACAAGCUCAUUACCUGGGCGGAUAACUGUCGAGUUGCACAUGGGCAACUGGUACGUAAGGUCACAGCCUUGGCGGAAGCUGUUAAGAGCAUAAAAUCAGGCACCGACUCGGAGACUUCCCAGCCUUUCGACGUUAACUUUCGUCAGCUCGAAGCAUUCCUUGCGGACGUCAAAGAUGCUCGCCAGCGCGUUGAGUCUAAGCAGCAGCGGCUCGAAAGAGAUUUUUCCCGAGUGGAAGACAUUCUAUCCGAGAUGCAGGCCAGCACUUCGUCGGUGGUCAGCGAUAAGAUCACCUCUCUUGAUCAUCUGCACAAGAUUCAUCGCACCGAAUAUCUGCCCAAGAUUACCGAGAUAGAUACUUCGGUCCGGCAAAUGGCAUCUGCCUUCAUAGAAUCGAAGGUCCACCUAUCUCAACAAUUACAGACUCGACUUCAGUCUAUAUCGCACAUCCAAUCCCAAAUUGCCUCAGUAACACCGACCUUAACUGGCUUGACUAAUCUGCUAAACGCCCACAUCCAAGCGUUUACCCAACUCCUCCAUGUACAUCGAAUGCCGGCGGCGUGGGGAGCCACCCUUGUGGAGAUUGUCCGGCGACGCGAAUUUGUGAGGGUGUUCCUUGCGAAAGCGAAGGAUAUGGCCGAGAUUUUAGCCAGGUUUCGAACACAUGAGGAAAAGCGGCGGGAGGCCUUUAAGAACGAGAUUGGGCGUUAUUUGCCUCCAGAUCUAGUCCCAGGGUUGGAUGAUCGACCACCUAUUUGCGAAGUUUCUGUCUCGAACACAAAAGACGGGUUGCCCGACAUUAGCCGUGAAGACAUUGCAGAUUUUGAAAAGCUCGUCACCAGCAUACAUUCAUCUAUGGUGGAAACGGAACCGAUUGGGCCGUCAGCUAGCCAGACGCAUUCCAAUCAUACUAUCUCGAAGCUGAUUGCAACCAUGGUCAAGAUGGCCAGUCAGGUGGACGCAACCCCUGCCGAUUUCGAGAGGAUUUUGAGCAAAACCGGAUUCUCCGAAAGAUUAUUGAGACUGGAGGAAGAAAAUAUGCGGUUGCGAGCCCAACUUCAGGGAGCAGCCGACGUGCAGCCGCGUAUGCUCAUUAGCCGCAGCCCCUCGUCAGGACCAUCUGACAUGCGAGACGCAUCCCAAGUUUCUAUGGCCCAAAUGGAAGUGAUUGCCCUGCGGAACAAAAUGGCCGAGUACGAAGCACGGUGUGCGGUCUUAGAAACUCGGAGUCAAGAGUACGAUGCGAUUGCCGCACGCCUCGUGGAAACUGAACAAGCUCUUGAGACAGAGAGGAGAAAUACUACGGAAUUACGAGCAACUGUGUAUGAGAUCGGGCGAGAGCGAGAACAAUGGUUGCGGGAAAGGCAGGAAUCCAUUGCGAUGACAACUGCAAUUACGGAGGAGAACAACUCGAUCAAGGCUGAGGUAGAAAAGUCUCGUUCCUUCUAUGAUGAAGUUCGAGAAGGAUUGGAAGCAUGCGGACGUGCUCUGCACAGACGCAAUGAAGAUGAAUCCACGGGCCAGAAUACCGAUUCCCAACCCGACAUGUCGUCCACAAGUACGCGUGCUAAUGCAACGCCAGAUGAAAUCCGCAGAGCUUUACGAGAGCUUCAGGACGAUAUAUUGUGCCAGACCGCCCAAUUGGCAAGUAUGAAAGCGUCCAUCACAGAGGGCGAUUCGACCAGUGAGUCUGUGGAAGGGGAGAUUGUGGCACUCUUGACCCAAGUCGGAAAUCUCCGGGAAGACCUCAAUGCCGCCCAGCUGCACGUCAUUGAACUACGGGACCAUUUAACAGCCACCGAAGCGCGGGAGGCAAUCGUUGAGGCGGAUCUACAUUCAACUCGUGCGUUACUUAAACGUGCUGAAGAAGAUCUGGCCAUGGCACGUCAAAAACUCAAAUCGAGGGAGACCGAUUUGGAGGUAUGCCAGGGACGUCUGACAGAAAAGGAACACCAGGCUCUUACCGUGCAAGUGGAAGCAGAUUGGCUGAAGAAACGGGUGAAUGAGUUGGAGGAUGUGGUUGCUGGAUUGCAAGAGGACCAAAAACAGCUGAACGAUGAACUGGCUUCACGACAAGCAGAGCUGGGAGCGACCGAGGCUGACAUCGAGCAGACCCGGGCCACCCUCGCCGAAGCACGCCAGCAGGUUUCCACUUUGAUGGAGAAUCUACAUGUAGCCGAAACAUCGCUGCUCCAAAGGAAUGAGGAAAUGCAGACCAUGGAAAAAGAACAGCAGAACCUUGCAGGCCACGUGGCGAGCUUAACCGAACAACUAGCGCGACAGGGUGAAUGGCUCAACGAGAAAACCACCGAGAUGGAGCGGCUAGUACGUGAAGUUGGAGACAAGGAAUCCCAGUUGCAGGAGGCAGUUGAAAAGUCCACUUCACUACAGAACCAUGUUCAAGAAAAGAUCUCAGAGGUAGAGACGCUGCGAACGACAGUCUCUCAGUUAGAGCGAAAUCUUGCCAAUGUUCAGCUCGAAAUAGCCGAACAGACGCAGAUGGCGGAUGCCCUCCGCAAACAGCUGAUCGAUACUGAGGGGGAUUUAGCUGAACAGACGCAGAUGGUGGAUGCGCUCCGGAAAAGUCUGACUGCUAUCAAGGAAGACUCAGCUGCUGUCCAAAUAGAGUGUACUAAAACGCAGGGCAAUGUCAGACAGGAGUCCGAGGAUAAGAGUGAUCCAAUCGUUGCAGAUAUCCCAAAGAAACAGGAUUGUGGUCCAGUGUUGGCCAAUACUGCAACAUAUAUGCAAGCAGCGAUCGGUCAGCUGAUUGCCUAUCAUGAAGCUCUUUAUUCCAUUGUAACAGAGAUUUGCGGAUCAGAAACUGCAGAGCGCGUUCUAAGUCACGCGAGCAUCCGGGAGAUACUUAGCGCGGAUGGCAUCACCGCUGAUCCCGAAAUACCUGAUGUUCUCGACCGCGUAUGGCUCUCCCGUCUCAGUGACUCGAUAAAAGAAGCUCAUGAAAAGUUGAUCCAAAUUGGCACGGAAGUCGAUCCGGCGAAUGCUUGGACUCAGGUUUUGGAACGCUGGAAAGAUUUGAUGGAGAGGGAGGUACCACACUUGCGAGAGACUUGCGUAAAGGCGAAGGAAGCUGGGCGGAAUAAAAUCACUUUUAAAAACUUUCGCGCGAACGAUUUGGCACUGUUCUUACCCACCCGGAAUCCCAAAGCCUGGGCGGCGUUCAAUGUCAAUUCCCCGCAUUUCUUCUUGUCACCUGAAGUCAGCCACGCCUUCGCUGAGCGAAUGAGGAAUCGCGAUUACAUUCUUGCGUUCAUCACUGACAUCAAAGAGCACGUAGUAGACCCGGGAGAUCCGACAAGUAAUCCAUUUGGACUCGCUACAAAGACUCGGUUCCGGCUUUGCAUGGCGCGAGCAUGGGAGCCAAGCAAGUAAUUGCGGAGAGGGAUGCCUGUGUCCGUUAUUCACCCGAUAUUGCCCGCUUUUAAGGGCACCAUAUCUGCAGGCAGACGGGGAGGGAGACCAUGAGUGCUUCAUAAACCCAACACAAAGUGAUGGAAAAGGGAUAUGGGAAGGGUUCGACCUCUUCUUUAUACAAGCAUACCUGGCUUAAUUAAGCGGACUUUUUUUGUAUUGUAGGUAGCUUCUUGUUGCAUUUGUAUGACUAUGCUUUUAUUUUCGCUUUAAUGUUUUCCAUUGCAUUGGGGAUUAUGUAAAUCAAGUUAACUAUGGCACUCUGCUUAUUUUGGG